UAGAAGCCCCCCUCUUCCUAUAAAUAGUCUUGCAAAACUAAACUGAGCACCCCAGAUGUGAGUCCAAAUUAGCUGCUAGAAUUAUCAGCUAAGUUCUCUAUACAGAAGAACCAUGAUCGAAUUGGAAGAUAUAUACAAGGUGUUCGCGGCCAUGGUGCCCCUGUACUUCGCCCUGAUGCUCGGGUACGGAUCAGUGAGGUGGUGGCGCAUGUUCACAGCCGAGCAGUGCGACGGCAUAAACCGCAUGGUCUGCUACUUCAUCAUCCCUCUGUUCGGCUUCGAGUUCACUGCUGCGCACGCCAAUCUCUUCAAGAUGAAUUACUCCAUCUUGGCGGCAGAUGCCAUCUCGAAGUUCCUUGCCGUCCUGAUGCUCGUCCUAUGCGCCAAAUGCAGCAGCAGAGUGGACCAUAGCUGGUGCAUCACCACCUUUUCCUUGCUCACCUUGACCAAUCUCCUGGUCGUCGGGAUACCGAUACUGAGAUCGAUGUACGGUCAGGUGGGCGUGGAUCUUGUGGUUCAAUUAUCGGUUGUGCAGGCCAUCCUGUGGUUUCCGCUUCUGUUGUGUUUUCUCGAGUGUCGGAAAAUGGGGAUGGACAUCUCUCCAAGGAGAGCGACGACUGAUGAUCCGGCGCCGACCGACAAAGAUAUUGAGGGAACGACCGAGGCUCUGGAGACCAAUAACACAAGGCCAAGAUUGUGCACCACCAUGAAAAUUGUGGGUCUGAAACUGGCUUUGAAUCCCAACAUCUACGCUUGUGUUGUGGGCGUCGCUUGGGCGGUAAUAGCGCACAGGUUCAAAGUGAAAUUGCCAGGCAUCGUCAAAGAAUCGAUAGAGAUUCUAUCAAGAGCUGGGUUAGGAACUGCUAUGUUCAACAUUGGUAUAUUCAUCGCAAUGCAGAGAAAGGUGAUAGCUUGUGGCAUGAAGAUGACAAUUCUGGGAAUGGUCUUGAGGUUCGUCGCUGGGCCAGCUCUAAUGACCGUGAGCUCCCUUGUCAUGGGGCUGCGUGGCGAUGUUCUCAGGAUCGCUAUCAUACAGGCGGCGCUGCCUCAGGCGAUCACGACUUUCAUCUUCGCAAAAGAGUACGGCUUACAUGCGAGCGUUCUUAGCACUGCGGUGGUGUUUGGCACAUUGGCAUCCCUUCCGCUGCUGAUAGCCUACUAUGCUGCUUUAGAGGUUAUAUAAGAGCUGAACCAGAUCCAAAGAUUAGGGGGAGAAACAUUUGAGGGGAGGAAAACGGAGGAGAGGAUCAAAUGCAAGAGCGAUGAGGAAAUCCAUGGCGACCAACUCAUAAAUUCUGUAACGUCGGGAAUUUCCUUAGUCGUGAUUCCUAUGGCGAAAAAUUC